AUGUGCAGCCGUGAGUUCGGUCACCGCGUGAAGGGCAUCUCUGUUUCCCGAUUCACCCCUGAGGAGGCAGCAGCGUUGGAGGAGGGCGGCAAUGGGGCCUUUGCUGCCGAGUACCUGGCCACCUGGCAGGCUUCUACCCUGCCCAAACCCACCAACCGGGUCCCGGCCAAGAUCAAGGAGUGGAUCCAGGUGGUGUUCCAGGAGCAGCGAUUCAGGGGCCCCCCAAAGAAGGCCUCCUCGCCGCAGCAGCGUGCACCCUCCCUGGGUCAGGAGGCUAAGCCAGCCCUUUUCAAGACCCCGUCGGCUGGCCGGUCCCCUGCCCCCCUGUCUACCUCAAAUGGCAACGGCCACGCCGCCGCCGCUUCGCCGGACUCGGCGGACCGCAGCAACGGCGACGCCUCCCACGUCAUCGAGCGACGCCUCUCGGAUGUGCUGGGCCUGAGCAUGCCGAAGCUGAGCGUGAGCGAGGUCCACUCCCCCGCAGCCUCCCCAGCCCCAGCCACUGCAAGUUCUGCGGAAGCCCGGCUGCCCGCCGCUGCACCGGAGCGCGGCAGUCUCCUGGACCUGAUGUCGGGGUUCUCGCCAGUGGGAGCCCAGGCCUCGGGGGUGCAUGGGGAGGAAUCUUCCCCCUGGGCGGCAUUCGACGACGAUGUGGGCGCCGGCGGCCCUCCCGCGCCGACCGAGCAUGUCCCGGAGCCUGCCGAGGCACCCCCGCAGACCGCAGCCGCGCCACUGCCCUCGCACGAGACGCACGGUUGGGAGGCGUUUGGCGAGGAUGCCGGCAAGCCUGCCGCGGCAGAGCCGGCGCCGGCGCCACACACGCUGCCGGUGCCUGCACCCGCGGCCACCGUGCCUGUUCCGGCGGCUCCCCCGGUGCCCAGCCCUCCGCCAAAGCCGGCGCCACGGCCGGAGGUCCCGCUGGACGUCUUCUACCCCGAAUUUGAUGUCAUCCGCGCCACGGGGCGCCUGCCCAACGGCCGACCCGUGCCGCCCCCCGGCUACCCCGUCCCCUCCGCCCUGGGCCCUGGCGCCCACGGCGCGCCCGCCCCCGCCUACAACCCCGCCCAGGCCGCUCUGGCGGCGCAGUGGGGUGGCGUGGCGUCGCCGCCGCGCCCCGGCCCCACGGUCCUCAUCCCCAGCCCGACACGGCCCAGGUCCAGCACCCCCUCCCCCAUCAGCAGCACCUACCUGGUGUCCUCCAGCGGCGGCGGGUCGGUGGCGGGGGCGCGCUUCCCGCCCUCCACCAGCAGCAGCCUGGGGAGCGGGGCGGGGCACGGCUGGGGCCAGCCCGUCUCGACCCCGGCGGCCGGCGUGCCGUGGUACGCCGCGCCCGCCGCGCCGGAGGGCUUCCCCGCCUCGGCCGGCCCCGUCAGUUCCUUCCCCGCGCCCGCCGCCCCCACCGCCCCCGCCCCCGCCGAUGUCUUCUCGGGCCUGGCCGCUGGAGCACGCCCAGCCUUCCCGCAGGCGCCGCCGCCGGCCAAGGCGCUGCCCCCACGCCCCUCCAGCCGGAACAGCGACUCGGCGGCGCACACGCUGUUCGGCCGCUCCUCCUCCCUUUACGACCUGGACGCGCCCCAGGCCCCCCAGCCUGCGCCCAGCGGCAACCCCUUUGCUUAG